CAACAAAUGCCUUACAAAAAACAAUGACCUAUUCAUAGUGGACUGGGGCACGAAAGCUUGACCAGGAACUUCCUACAGCCGUCCGAUCAACACACUUUACGGCUUACGUAGCUACACAUGAGACGCUGACUAUUAAGGUAAACAAGCAGCGGCGCAGCACCAGACUGCGUGUCGGGUGGUGGGUGGGGUCACAAAGAGCCAAGAUGGCGGACUUUGAGGAGCCGCUGUCAGAUGAGGAGAAGGUCCGAAUUGCGGCAAACUUUGUAACUCAUGCUCCCCCAGGAGAGUUCAAUGAAGUCUUCAAUGAUGUCCGGCUUCUCCUCAACAACGACAACCUGCUCAGGGAGGGAGCGUCCCACUCCUUUGCCCAGUACAAUAUGGAUCAGUUCACCCCUGCCAAACUAGAGGGCUACGAUGAACCGGUUCUGAUCACCGAACACGGCGACUUGGGUCAGGGGCGUUUCUUGGACCCCCGUAACAAUCUGUCAUUUCGCUUUGACCAUCUGAGGAAAGAAGUGAGCGAUGUGCAGCCGUGUGAGGACGAGACGGCCUUGAGAAGCUGGAGAGAUGCCUGUGAUUCAGCCCUGUGUGCCUACGUCAAAGAACACUACCCUAGUGGAGUGUGCACGGUGUAUGGGAAAACUGUUGAUGGCCAGCAAACAAUCAUUGCUUGCAUCGAGGGUCAUCAGUUUCAACCUAAGAACUUUUGGAACGGGCGCUGUAGGUCAGAAUGGAAGCUCACCCUCGGUCAGUCCACGGCCCAUGUGGUGGGAGUGCUGAAAAUCCAGGUGCACUACUAUGAAGAUGGUAAUGUGCAGUUGGUGAGCCACAAGGAAGUGGAAGAAUCAAUCCCUGUUACUAAUGAAAACCAGACUGCUAAGGAAUUUGUUGACAUCAUUGAGAAUGCUGAAAAUGAUUACCAGACCGCGAUCAGCGAGAAUUACCAGACCAUGUCGGACACCACCUUCAAGGCCCUGCGCCGCCAGCUGCCGGUCACGCGCACCAAAAUCGACUGGAACAAGAUCCUGAGCUACAAGAUCGGCAAGGAGAUGCAGAACGCUUAGCGCAGUGAAGGCAGGCUCUGGCCCGAGAGAUGGACACUCUCCUGGGCCACAAUGCAUCUAGAUAUGUUCAAGGACUAACCAAAGCAAAUAUACAUCAGUAUGGGGCAAGGAAUACAAGAAAAACACACAAAAAAAAAUCAAUGAUAAUCACCAGAUUUUCCGACUGUUUGGCACAGGUAUCCAUCUAUUGUAAGUGAACUGUGGUUUUGGAUAACAUCAGUGUUUUUGGAGAAGGUUCUGUGCAUCUACGUGGAAGGGGAGACGACUAGAGUCAGUGUAAAGGGAGUGGCUCGGGACUGCUGCAUAAAAAAAAUAAAGAUGAUUCUCUGGUUGAAGGGAAUCAGAAUAAUCUGCCAAGAAUUAGAUAGUCAACGGUUGCUCAUGUUACAAAAGCAUUAUUAGAAAGUAUCUUGCAGGGCAGCUGUUAAUUGUAAGCACAAACUCCUGUUACCACAGUUUGUUAUUUUGAACAGGAAUUAUUAUCAAAGUUUAUUUAUUAUUGGAAAAACCAACUGAGGAAUGGGAAAGCUUGUUGUUUGACAUGAAAACUCUGAGCAUCUCAACCUGUCCUAAACCUCCUAUCAUAGCAUAAUGGAGAUGGAUCAGUUAGACAGUGUUGAUCAAAUUGACUCUUUUCUGAUGGAUUUAUAGAAUUUUCUUUCAUCUGUAGCAGGCAGACCUUUAGCGAAGCUCUCUCCCUGCACAGCAUGGUCAGUGUUUGUUGGCAUCCGCGGGGGCAGAGGAAGGGUUUUUACAUGUGUUGUGUUUCUUACUUCUCUGCUCUAUGCAUUUUCCAUCCACGGCCUGCAAGCACUGUGAGGGCAGAAGUACAGUGAAGGCUCCUCUGCCUCAAAUCCACCAUCCAUGUGCUUCUCUCUCUCAUACCUUGGCAGUGUAACCUUUAUUGCUGCAAAGCUUUUCCUUUGUUGAAGGGAAACAUUUACCAAGAUUUAUUUGCCAAAAUCUCUUUCCUAUGGUAAAGAACUCCAUAAUCCCUCCCAUGUAUGCAAAUCUAUAUUUUAAUACACUAGCUUCCGUUUUGAGUCUUAAAAUAUCCCACUGCAAACUGUGUUUAACCAAUAAGCGUUUCUUGUGUAAAUCUAUGCCAAGUGAACAUGCAGUUUUACCAUGUAUGGUGAAAGGCCAGAUCAACGGUUAAAAAAUGUGUUGCAUUUUAGCUGUAUAUGCUGUGUUCAACCCUCACACUAUAUAGUAAGCUGUGUGCCGAGCAGUCACAAAGUUAAAUACUGUACCUCCCCAUUCUGUUCAGCAAAUAAAUGGAUCGAUCAAGA